GAAGGCCCGAGAGGACUUGGCGGCAGAGGCGGCGGGACCAGCAGCAGCAGCAGCAGCAGCAGCUACAAGUCCCCUGUGCCGCGGCCCUGCCACACGAGUCCCACGAGCCGCCCACCCCGUCACCCACGUCGCUGCCUGACUCCGCCGGUGAGUCCACCAGCCGCCAGCCCCGGCAGCGCCCCCAGUUGUCCUCCGACUCGCCCUCGGCCUUCCGCGCCAGCCGCAGCCACAGCCGCAUCGCCACCCGCAGCCUCAGCCCCAGCCGUAGACACAGCCCAGCCCCAGCUCCUGCUGCGGCUACUCCAGACACAGCCCCUACGCCGACACCCUGGAGGUUGGGAUGCUCUUGUCCAAAAUCAACUCGCUUGCCCACCUGCGCGCCGCGCCCUGCAACGACCUGCACGCCACCAAGCUGGCGCCUGGCAAGGAGAAGGAGCCCCUGGAGUCGCAAUACCAGGUGGGCCCGCUACUGGGCAGCGGCGGAUUCGGCUCGGUCUACUCAGGCAUCCGUGUCGCCGACAACUUGCCGGUGGCCAUCAAGCACGUGGAGAAGGACCGGAUUUCCGACUGGGGAGAGCUGCCCAAUGGAACCCGAGUGCCCAUGGAAGUGGUCCUGCUGAAGAAGGUGAGCUCGGGCUUCUCCGGCGUCAUUAGGCUCCUGGACUGGUUCGAGAGGCCCGACAGUUUCGUCCUGAUCCUGGAAAGGCCGGAGCCGGUGCAAGACCUCUUCGACUUUAUCACGGAAAGGGGGGCCCUGCAGGAGGAGCUGGCCCGCAGCUUCUUCUGGCAGGUGCUGGAGGCCGUGCGGCACUGCCACAACUGCGGGGUGCUCCACCGCGACAUCAAGGACGAGAACAUCCUCAUCGACCUCAAUCGGGGCGAACUUAAGCUCAUCGACUUCGGGUCGGGGGCGCUGCUCAAGGACACCGUUUACACGGACUUUGAUGGGACCCGAGUGUAUAGUCCUCCAGAGUGGAUCCGCUACCAUCGCUACCACGGCAGGUCGGCGGCUGUCUGGUCUCUGGGGAUCCUGCUGUAUGAUAUGGUCUGUGGAGAUAUUCCUUUUGAGCACGAUGAGGAAAUCAUCAGGGGCCAAGUUUUCUUCAGGCAGAGGGUCUCUUCAGAGUGUCAGCAUCUCAUUAGAUGGUGCUUGGCCCUGAGACCAUCAGAUCGGCCAUCCUUUGAAGAAAUCCAGAAUCAUCCAUGGAUGCAGGAUGUCCUCCUGCCCCAGGAAACUGCUGAGAUCCAUCUCCACAGCCUGUCACCAGGGCCCAGCAAAUAGCAGCUUUUCCAGCAGGUCCUCCCCUCCUGUCAGAUGCUCCAGGGAGGGGAAGCUUCUGUACCAGUGAUACUUUUCACCAAGCAGGACAGUGCUUGAUACAGGAACAACAUUUACAACUCAUUCCAGACCCCAGGCCCCUGGAGGAUGCCUCCGACAGGGGGAAGAAACUCCUCUCCUGGCGUCCUAGGCCUCAAUUCCUCGUAGAUGCUCUCUCCUUCUCGUAGGUGUCCGGCCAGCAUUGCUGGACUCUGCAAAAUCCUGGGUUUGGGGGGUGGGAGUGGGUCAGAACCCUGCCAUGGAACUGUUCCCUUCACGAGUUCUGCUGAAUGCCGCGAUGGGUCGGGUUGGGGGUAAACGGGUUGGGGUGGGAUAGGACUAGCACCAUUUUAAGUCCCUGUCACCUCUUCCGACUCUUCUGAGUGCCUUCUGUGGGGACUCCGGCUGUGCUGGGAGAAAUACUUGAACUUGCCUCUUUUACCUGCUGCUUCUCCAAAAAUCUGCCUGGGUUUGGGUCCCUAUUUUUCUCUCCUACCCCCCUCCCCCGUCCUUCAUAUGAAAGGUGCCAUGGAAGAGGCUACAGGGCCAAACGCUGAGCCACCUGCCCUUUUUCUGGUCUUCCUUUUUGGUUCUUACUUAACUGUUUCAAAGCCAAGACCUCACACACACAAAAUGCACAAACAAUGCAAAUCAAUAGAAAAACUGUAAAUGUGUGUACAGUUGGCAUGAUAGUGUACAAAAGGAUUGUAGUUGAUCUAAUUUUUUAAAAUUUUGCCUUUAAGUUAUUUUACCUGUUUUUUUUUUGUUUGUUUUGAAAGGUGCGCAUUCUAACCUGGAGGUCAACAUUAUGUAUUUAUUUAUUUAUUUAUUUGGUUCCCUUCCAGCUCUACGCUUCCACGGCUGCCGCCAUAGUUUUCUUUCUUCCUUUUCCUCCUCUGACUUGGGGACCUUUUGGGGGAGGGCUACAACACUUGCUCUGUUCUUAGGGUGAUGGGACUCAGGCGGAACAGCUGCUGCAGAUCCCCCUGCCGCAGCCCCUCCCGCCUGCUUGCCCCAGUGGGGUGGGUUCUGCGGGUGAUGGGGGAGGGGCGUCGCUGACUUGUGUAUAUAGGAUAGAUAUAUGAAAACCAGUUCUGGAUGGUGUGCCUUCCGGAUCCUCUCUGGGGCUGUUUUGAGCAGCAUGUAGCCUGCUGGUUUUAUGAGUGAAAUACUGUACAGGGGAAUAAAAGAGAUCUUAUUUUUUUUUUUUUUAUACUUGGCGUUUUUUGAAUAAAAACCUUUUAUCUUAACGUAUGGCUUCUGAGUGUUGUCUGUGUAGACACGUUAAUGUGCAUUUAUCGGCUACUUGAUAAGUGCCAAAAUCCUACCCCAGGAGGAAAAGGAAAAAUUCCAGCCUAAAUCAGGUCCCUUCAGCAGGACUCCUGGGAGUCACUUUUCUGAAAUGAAUGUAUGGCCAAAGGUGGAGGAGGCAAUCCUGUGGAUAAGGUUUGGCUUGAAGGGCUCAAUGAAGCCCCAGUCUCCGUUCCUAAUGCAAAUUCUAGAGCUUCCCUAAUACAGCACGUGUGGCUAUUUCCAGUUGCUCUAGUCAAUUUCAUGAAGUAGCUGCCUGUGGCUAUGGCCCUGGGAGUACAGGGUAUUUCCAUCAUUGCAGGGUUCUGUGGAGCGGGGCUGAGCUUCCAAACAGCCCUAUUAAGCAGUUGCUUUUUUCAGUUGUCUUCCACCAGUAAAACUUGGAGCAUGUACCCUUGGCACAUAUUACAGUUAUUGGGAAAACUAUACUUGUAUUACUCUCCAUUUACUGAUUCGAGUUUCCUUCCUAUUUAGUGUGGAGUUUCGUCAUAAACAAUAGUGGAUAAGUGGAAAUGUGCUUUUUGACAAGCAGGGUUUUCCCCUCCAAUGUGCUUGACAACAGGUUUAUGAACGGAGUAGGUAAAAUGUUCUGUUCUGUUCUAUUGUCCCUGGUUGGGAUAAUCAGUAUUUUUAGUAUGUUAUUUCUUUGCAGGAAUUUG